AUGGUUACAGGUGGCACCAAUAGUAAUAGAGUAGUAGUGAUGGUGGCGUUCGAUUUCCCGUUUUCUAGUGAUCAGCUGUUUUUGACAGUUCUGGGUAUGGGCAGUGACUGCGGGGCGGUGACGAGUGCAUUUAAGUUCGACGAGUUUGUAGAAAGUCCUUCAUUGGAGGCUAUUGAGGAUUGUGAAGUAAAGAAAGCCGACUGGGUUCAGUUAGCUCGGCAUUUUAACGUAACAAUUCGAGCAGCAUGGCGUAAGAAUGAAAUUAAGAAGGCGGUUAUUGCUCAUUUAGUAUCAUCUGGCUUGCUUGAAGAUGACGCAUUGAUGUUAUGUGAUUCUGAUGAUAAGAGUUUACGGGUAAUGGAAAUUGAGCUGGAAAGGGAGAAGAUGAAAGACAGAGAAAGAGAGCGAAAUUUUCAGUUGCAAUUAAUGGAAAGAAAGAGGGAGCUACAGUUGCAGGAGCUUGAUUUUGAUCCCUCCAGGGUUAUUAGGUUUGUCCCAAAUUUUGAUGAAUCUGACCCAGAGGAAUUUUUCGGGCAGUUUGAGCACGUGGCAAGCACUUUGAAAUGGCCACGUGACUACUGGCCCAUACUCGUUCAGUCGAGUCUGAAAGGAAAGGGGCGCUCUGUCUAUCUCUCUCUGGCUGGAUCACAUCAGUCCGACUAUGACACCAUGAAGGAUGCAAUUCUUAAAGCGUAUCAGCUAAGUGCUGAGUAUUAUAGAAACCGUUUUCGAAAUUGUAUUAAAGAACAGAACCAGUCAUUUGUAGAGUAUAUGCAUAAAAUUUCUAAACUGCAAACUCGUUGGUUAUCUGCAAGUAACGUCAAUGAUUAUAAUAAAUUAAAGGAACUUGUGUUGUUGGAACAAUUCAUAAGGGGAGUGUCGCCAGAAAUUCGCAUGUACCUGCUGGAGCGCGAAGUCAGUACAGUUGAGAGAGCAGCUUUGUUAGCUGAGAAUUUUAACUUGAUUUCUAAAAGUAAAGUAAAUGUAAGUAAAUGCUCUCACCCCUCCGCAUUCGCUCCGUCUGUGGAUGGUAAGUCUGUUGGGCAGAAUAGCUUGAAUUCUGACUUUGUGGCAAAGAAAAGUGGCUAUGGUAAAGGGACGGGUUCUGGAUGGUCGUCUGGAUGUUUUUACUGUAAGAAACCCGACCAUAUUAAGGCAAAUUGCCCUAAAUUGAUGAGGAAGGGACAAGUGUCAGAGCCUAAACCUGUAGCUAAUUACACCUUUGUAUCAACAGACAAUGUCCAGGAUCUGUCGCAGCGUACCUCGAGCGAUCAUGAUUCAUUUCAGCCUUUCAUCUUCUCUGGUUCCGUGGCCUUAGAUGAAGCUAGUCCUUCUGUUCCCGUGUCUGUAUUUCGUGACACUGGUGCUUCACAUAGUGUCGUUUUGAAGGAGGCAGUUCCUUUUCUGGAGGAUGCAUACACUGGGAAGUAUGUGGUAGUGGAAGGUUUUGGAGGGUGCGUUACAGUGCCCCUUUGUAAGCUUUAUCUGAGGACGGAUUUGAUGUUGCAAGAAAUUAAUCCAGGACUUUUUCCAGCAUGUGCUGUAACGAGAAGUCAGGCGAAGAAGUUGCCAAGGCUAUCUGAUAGAAGUGUUGGUCAGAAUGAGCUUGGUCUUGAAUGUCUAUUUGGUGAUGAAGCUGCUGUUGAGAAAUCUGAUGAAUCUCUAAGGUCACUACGUAAUACAGCCGUGUCAAAAUCAGAGGUUCAGUCAUUGCCAUCAGGGUAUUAUCUAAAUUCAGGGAUAUUGAUGAGGAAAUAUAGACCACCUGAAGUACCGGCAACCGAUUCGUGGCACGAAGUUUUUCAAGUGGUGGUACCAACUUGUUAUCGACCUAAAGUUAUUAGUUUGGCUCACGAUUUGGGUGGAGGGCACUUGGGUAUCAAGAAGACACUCGAUAAAGUCCUCAGAUAUUUUUAUUGGCCAGGUGUUACGUCAGAUGUAACGAGAUAUUGUCGAACUUGUGAUAUUUGUCAAAGGGUUGGUAAACCUAACCAAGUUAUCCCACCUGCACCUCUUAAGCCUAUCCCUGCAUUUGAGGAACCAUUCUCAAGGGUAAUCAUUGAUUGCGUUGGACCUCUUCCCAGAACAAAGAGCGGAAAUAGGUUUUUACUUACCCUCAUGUGUGCCAGUACUAGGUACCCCGAGGCAAUUCCUUUGAAACGAGCUACAUCUCGUACUAUCGUCCCAGUCAAAUUUUUUACACAGUAUGGUAUGCCACGUGUAUUGCAGUCCGAUCAGGGAAGCAAUUUUUGGUCAGUAAUGUUUCAGGAAGUAAUGAAAUUGUUACACGUUAAGCAGUAUAGUGCCACAGCUUAUCGGCCACAGACGCAAGGUGCCCUUGAAAGGUACCAUCAAACACUUAAGAGUAUGCUCACGAAAUAUUGUCAUGAAACGGGCAGUGAAUGGGAUCUAGGAGUGCCUUUAAUGUUGUAUGCCAUAAGAUGUACUAAGCAGGAGAGUCUCGGGUUUUCACCAUAUGAAUUGUUAUUUGGGAGAGACAUCCGCGGACCCAUGAAAUUAUUGUAUGAAAGCUGGAUAGGUAUUGAAAAUUCAGGGUCUCUAAGUGAUUAUGUGGUAAAAAUGAAGACCAGAUUGCAACAUCUUCAAGAAUUUGCUCAUAAGAAUUUAGAAAGAGCACAGUGCUCAAUGAAAGGAACAUAUGAUAGAAAUGCAAUUGAACGAGAAUUUGGUAUUGGGGAAAAAGUGCUAUUGUUUUUACCUGUUAGAAAACAACCAUUAACUGCAAAAUAUCAGGGACCUUUCAAAGUACUGGAGAAAAUUAAUGACAUUAAUUAUGUAAUUGCUACUCCGGGUCGCAGGAAAAAGAAAAAGGUGGUUCACAUCAAUCUCCUUAAGAAAUAUCACCCACGUAGACCGGAAGCUGCCAGUGCCUUGUGUGCGAUCUUUGUUCCUGAAGAGCGGGGAGAUACUGCCGCUUCACCUGAGAUGGAGAGUGACUUUGAUGUGGGCGAUGUUGGGUUCAAAUUGCAAAAUAGUGACAUUCUGAAAAAUCCAAACUCUAAAAUUUCUCAUUUAUCCCAUGAACAGCAGCAAGAUAUCUUGUGUGUGCUUCAGCAGUUUAGUGAUGUUCUUGGAGAUAUACCGAGACAGACGCACCUGGUGACCCAUGACGUAAAGCUUGUUGACGGGGCUAUUCCUGUCAAGCAAGCACCUUAUAGAAUGUCUCCUUACAAAGCAAAAAUUAUGGAAGAGGAGGUAAGCUUUUUACUCAAAAAUGGUCUUGCCGAACUUAGUGAGAGUGAAUGGGCAUCACCCUGCGCACUUGUGCCAAAAUCUAAGGGUUGGAGAAUGGUGACAGACUAUAGGAGGAUUAAUGAACUCACUAAAGGGGACUGCUAUCCUUUGCCUAGAAUAUUGGAUAUAAUAGAUGCCAUUGGGGAGUCCAAGUUCAUCACUGUAAUUGAUCUCCUGAAGGGCUAUUAUCAGGUGCCCUUAUCACCUGAGGCGAAGCAGAUAACAGCGUUUGUGACCCCUAAUGGGCUUUAUAACUAUUGUGUGCUUCCAUUUGUUUUGAAGAAUGCGCCUAGCUCAUUUCAGCGGCUGACGGGUUCGAUAAUACGGGAUCUCAAAGGGGUAAAGGUAUACAUAGAUGACCUUGUAGUUUACAGCCGUAACUGGGAGGACCAUGUGGCAACACUGCGAUCCCUCUUUGAACGCCUUCAAGAUGCCGGGCUCACUGUUAAUCUGGUCAAGAGUGAGUUUGCACAAGCGAAGGUGAGGUAUCUCGGUCACGAGGUUGGAGGAGGAGAGGUUGCUCCAGUUAAAGCCAAGGUUGAAGCUAUCGAUGAGUUACCUGUACCUAAGAAUAAAAGAGCAGUUCAAAGAUUCAUUGGUAUGGCUGGGUACUACCGUAGGUUUUGUCCAAACUUUGCUGACGUAGCCAAACCAUUAACAGAUCUUUUGAGUCCUAAGAAAGAAUUCAAAUGGACGGUUAAAUGUCAGGAGUCUUUCAGUAAAUUAAAGAACUUUCUAAUGUGUGAACCUGUCCUAAAGUCUCCAGAUUUUGAUAAACCUUUUACCCUCCAGGUAGAUGCCAGUGACGUGGCUGCAGGAUCAGUUUUGUUGCAGGAAGGAAAAGACGGGGUUCUGCACCCGGUCUGUUACUCGUCUGCGAAGUUCAAGCCGCACCAAACUCACUAUAGCACGAUAGAAAAAGAAGCUGCCGCUCUUCUCAUGGCUCUUGAAAAGUUCGAUGUGUACUUGAGCUGCACGCCAUACGAGAUUGAAGUCUUUAGUGAUCAUAACCCGCUUCAGUUCGUUAUGAGAAUGAAAAACAAAAACCAACGCUUGACAAGGUUCGAUUUCCCGUUUUCUAGUGAUCAGCUGUUUUUGACAGUUCUGGGUAUGGGCAGUGACUGCGGGGCGGUGACGAGUUCUGGGUUCAUCUUGUGUAUAAGCAGGGAUUCUGAGAUAGUGAAGGCAAGGCGGGAGGAGUGUGAGGAUAGAAUACUGAAAUCUGAGUUACGGAAAAGAUACUCCACCAGAGAACCUAACUCUCUGUGCUUUUAUUCUUUUGUAACGGCUGGAACAUCAACUUUCAAGAGUCAUUGUGUACCGGCUGCGGUGUGUUUCUUGUUCCCGGGAAGGACACAAAGGAGGAAAUGUGUCUAUAUCUCAGAUUUUUGCGUGUGUGGGAACCUCUACAAUUUCGGGAAUCUUCUAACGUUAAGAGUUAAUGCAAUAUUGAAACGGGAAUUGCUUUUCUCAGUGUGGAGUGAAAGUUGUAAAGCAAAGUGGAGACGUUUCGCUUCCCUUAUGCCGAAUUCAAAUCUGUCUGUCUUGUGCUUAAUACCUCAGUGCCUUCAAGUGCAGCAGUUAACCGUACUAUUCAAGUUUGGAAAAGUGUCCUAUGAACCUCAGCGAGUCUUACCUGAGCCUAAGGUUUCUACUUGGUCUAAUAUGAAUAUUCACGUUAAACGCAAUGAUUUACCCACUUUUAAUGUAGAUUCUUAUGCAUUUUGCAUGAACCCUUUAUUCACCUCACGUAACAGCACAACACACAGGAGCUCCUUGAACUCGCGCUGCAGUGAGUUAUUCGAUCUCCGAUGCUAUCCAGACCGUUCAUAUUCGUCUCCUCGGCCAACUCCCGGUGCCACUAAAUCGCACCUUAUCUUGCUCUUCGUGUUUGCAGCAUCUCAGCGAGGAUUACCGUCUUACACUUUAUAG